CCGAGUCAGCGAAUAAGUGAAAGCUGUCUAGACGACAACAAAACAGAAUUGACAGUAAAACUCUGUUUUAUACCGCGACUUUUUUAACCUUGGAUUAUGUGAAAUUAUUGUAUGUAGCGGCGCUGCUGUUCUUAGUAUGACGAAUAAAACAAAGCCGAGGCUUUGGAAAAGACUCAAAUCCCAGACCACGUCAAUUUAUCCGUCCUGGCAGCCAGAGGAGUACCUGGCCACAAAGAAACCCAGAAAGACCUAAAACAUCAGGCAUUUUUUCAUUAUGGACUCAGACGUCUGCCCUGCUGAUCAGUCAGCCUCUGCACCCUCAGACUCCUUGUCUUCUACCACCCUUCCUGUUGAUGGAACCUCUGGGGUUGAGGUCGCUGGACAGACUGUGGCAUGUCUCCCACAUUCAGAGGCAGGGGAUCUGGAAACCUACAACCUGAUCGAGCCUCCUCCAUUAGACUGGAGGUCUGACUCCUCAAGUGAGGCGGGCUCAGCAGAAGACCUGGACGACCCCAGCUUCCCUCCCUCUGUUGAAAAUCUGGACAAGGCCAGUCCAGGUGAGGUAUUACUACCUUUGAAUAUGAAUGCCACCUUGGCUUCACUUGACAAGAACCAUCAGGAGCUUGUGGGAAAUGUUGCAGAGCCAGUCCAGGAUAUUGAAGUGGGAUUGGAAGAAGAAGAUGAAGGAGUGAGGGUUGAGGACUUAGAGGGUGCUAAAGAAUACCAGGAAGAGGUAACCAUAUGUGACAUGGAGAGUAGAGUCAUUGAAGGGGAGGUUGAUGUAGCUAAUAGAAGAUCAGAUGAUGAAGACCAUAGCCGCAUCCACAGCCUGCUCAGCCAACUCCAGCUGAUGGGGGAAGAGCCUCAUCCCAGCCAUCAGACACCACCUCACCCUGCCCAGCAUCAGUACUCUAGCCUGUCUGAGCUGGAAGCGUGCACUCCCUCCCUAAUAACAGACGACAGCACUGAAACAACCGGGCUGCUGUUCUCUGAAAGCCACCAGAGAGACCUGCUAGGGCUGCUGCAGUUCACAGAGAUCAGCUCGACACCCCAUCCCACCUGUCUGCCCCACAGAGGAGAGGUGGAUGCUGUAGUGUCAGUUUCCUACAGCCAGGAGGAUGCUCAAAGGUUCUGGGGUCAUUACGGGAAUGGUCAGCAGCAGCGGCACAGAGGCGACUCUCUUGCCUCCCUGCCUGAUGAGGAGUAUCCUGAGCCAGUGUGGAUGAAGCUGGGCGAGGAGCCUCCAGAAGAAAGAGAGGCUGCUGCAGAGAGCGAGCAGAGUGCUGAUCAGCCUUCAUAUAAAGACGUGCCUGGCCCGUGCGACCCUGAAGACCUGUUGGAUGGAGUAGUAUUUGGUGCCAAGUACCUUGGUUCCACUCAGCUCAAGUCAGAGAAGAACCCAUCUACAAACGCCCGCAUGGCCCAGGCUCAGGAAGCUGUGGACCGCAUUAAGGCUCCAGAGGGAGAGUCUCAGCCAAUGACGGAGGUGGAUCUGUUCAUCUCAACCCAGCGAAUCAAGGUGCUCACCGCUGACACACAGGAAGCCAUGAUGGAUCACGCUCUGCAGAUGAUCUCUUACAUUGCCGACAUCGGCGACAUUGUGGUCCUGAUGGCACGAAGGAAACGCAAAGGGCAGGAUGGUGACCCGGCCUCUAAUUCUUCCUCUUCAUCCUCCUCUGGGCCUCAGAACAAGUGCUUAAUGAUCUGCCAUGUCUUCUCCUCUGAUGAUGCUCAGACCAUAGCCCAGGCCAUCGGGCAGGCGUUUGGAGUGGCCUACCAGCAGUUUCUGCAGGCCAGCGGCAUCAAGGUCAGCGACCUGAGGCCUGGCGAGUACAGUAACUACCUGGAAACUCAGGAGCUCUACAACGGAGACCUGGCCCACUUCUCUGACUCCCAGAACAUCCGAGAUGUAAUCAUCACCAAGGCUCCUGGAGAGAUCUUGGGUCUGGCGGUGGUGGAGUCAGGCUGGGGCUCCAUCCUGCCCACAGUGGUGGUGGCCAACCUCCUUCACGGAGGUCCUGCUGAGCGCUCUGGAGAACUCAGCAUCGGUGACCGCAUCAUGUCCGUCAACAGCACCAGCAUGGUGGGUCUGCCUAUCACCACCUGCCAGAACAUCAUCCGGGACCUAAAGAGCCAAAAGUAUGUGAAGCUCAGCAUCGUCCACUGCCCGCCAGUCACUAUGGCGAUUAUCAGGAGGCCGGAACCUAAGUUUCAGCUGGGCUUCAGUGUGGAGGACGGCAUUAUCUGCAGUCUGAUGCGGGGCGGUAUAGCAGAGAGAGGAGGUAUUCGUGUUGGGCACCGCAUCAUUGAAAUCAACGGGCAGAGUGUCGUCGCCACACCUCACGACAAGAUCAUCCAAAUCCUGACCAAUGCUAUCGGGGAGAUUCACUUGAAGACCAUGCCAGCCUCAACAUAUCGACUCUUAACAGGACAAGAGCAGCCAAUAUUUCUUUAAAACAAAAAUACUGCAGUGUUGAAGUGACAUGAACUUUUGCCAAACUCAGAGAAUAUUAUGCAAUGAUCAUACAGCAUAUCAUAAGCUGUUGGCACACCACUGAAUACAACAAGCUAGUCUAGCUAUAUAUUUUUAAGAUGUAAAGUACAUUGGAAUAUUGUCAAAGCAUAUUUUAAAGUGUCAGGGAUAGAUGGUAGCUCUCCAUUUAUAUUUAUCUGAUAUUUAACAGGCAGUAGCUGAGAUGCAAUAAUUAAUAAACUGAAUAUUUUUUGACUUCACUAACUUACAUGGUGGUAAACGAUGUUGAGUAUACUGUCCUCUAGAGUUUUUGGUCUUCCAGCCUGGUGUGUUACAGUGUGCCUAAGCUGAACGUGCUUGCAGGGGAAAACCUUAUUGAAUCAGGACAAAGAGUCUCUUUAUUUCAUUGUGAUGUACUUCCAGUCCCUCACGUACACAUGCAUAUCAACAAGUGUCUGUCAUACGCUUCAGAGAGAGCUAUUUAGCCAGAUGCUCUGGUUCAUUCAUACAGUGCUUCCCUGACUGUGCCUGACAAGAAGCAGAUAUCAUGCACAAGUAAAGAUAACUGCCUUAAUUGAUGAGAGGUGUAUAUUUUUAAGAAUUUGCUUUUUUUGAUGUUCAUUAAAAUUAUCUGUAAGAUAUCUUCUUGAUGUUAUUUAUUGACUGUCAGAGAUCCAUGAAUUAUAUUCAGAUGCAAAGUUGCUUUUGUACUGUAGGCUAUGUAUAAAGUUAAAUAUUUUUCAAAGCAAAUUACAUGCCUUUUUACAUCUGAGUUAGAGCUACAGUAUAUUCAAAAAUUGAUCAGCUCUAUAAAUGUGUUGUCUUUGUCAUUUUUGUUUUUGAAAAAUACUAAUAUUGACAAUGGCACAGUUCUUAUAUGAAAAUUGAUUUAAUUCCACAUUUAAUGUCAUUAAUUAAUAUCUUUACUGCUGUUUUAAUUCGUUACAAGUAUAUCGUGGAAUAAAAUGCUGCUUAUGCUAAUAAAG